CUCCACACUCGUUUAUUUCAUGACGCACUGUUGUGGCCAUUAGAGAACGAAAUAAUUUUUACAAAUCGAAUUUGCACUUAAAUAAGCGGUCAUCGAGCUUAACCCUCGGACCAAAAAAAUGUUAAUCUGAUCUUGAAUAGGAAACUGACCCUUUCGUACUAGAGAGGUGUUCACGAUGAAAAUCGACAGAACCAAACUGAAGAAAAGCCCCUCGGAGGUGCCUCUGGAGUGCCGACAACUGAUUCAAACGCUACGUUCCUGCAAAGACGACAAUGAGUUGCUGCAGGAGCUGCGCAAGAUCGAGUCCUGGACGUUUGGCAAGUGCGAACUGUUCCACUGGACAGACAUCCUGGACAUCUGCGAUGGCGUCCUCGAGAGGGCCACCACACCCAACUCCUGGUUGAUAGCAUGUGACGAACCAGAAAACCAACAGCUGAAAGAUUUGCUGCUAUGCGUGUUGCAUUUCACCACCUUGCUGAUUGAACAUUCAUUUUCACGACACUUGUACAACUCAAUGGAGCAUCUAAUCACCUUGCUGUCGUCCAGUGAUAUGAACGUCACCCUGGCAGUUCUAAAUCUACUCUACAUGUUCAGCAAGAGAAGCAAUUUCAUUCCCAGAUUGAAUGCUGGAAAGAAGUACGGAAUAAUCCGAAGGCUCACUCACUUGGCAGAGAGCUGGGGUGGUAAGGAAAAUGGGUACGGCCUAGCAGACUGCUGCAGAGAUCUUCCAACUUCUCAUUUCCCUGCUGGAGCCACUUCGCUUCACUUCGAGUACUUCAACAACCCCCUUACUGAAAAUGAAGCCAAGUUUCAGAAGUACAUGAAGAGCUCAUGUUCAAGCAACACCAUCAUCACAAUCCACUUGGACGACGUGGACAAGAUAAACAAGCCUCUCGGAGUCAUUAUGGAAGACCUUGUCUCUACGUACAAUGUGCCUAUAGAUAAACAGGUCCUGCUUUUUACCCAUUUGCGACUGGCGCACUGCUUUGGAACUUUGGCUGGACGUCUGAAGUGCGUUCAAGUUCGGCUGCAGGCCUUGUCUGUGCUCAUCUAUUCAAAUGCUCUGAUGGAGAAUGCGCACCAGUUGCUGUACAGCAAUUUGCUCGAGGAAAUCGUGGAAGUCUUGGAGAUGCAGGAUCCAGCGUUGGUGGAAAUCAAGGCAGCUGCCCUUCGAACGCUCACAGCAAUCAUCCACCUGGACCGGAAUCCGCACAUGUCAAGCUUCUCCAGGAACUGCAGACUCAACACAAUCAUAGAUGUGACUGGUGCCUCGUCCUACCAUGGAUUCCUCCCCGUGCUUGUGCGUUCCUGCAUUCAAGCAUUGACUGCCGCACCCCAAAGUGACAGUCAACUGUUGAGCAGCACCAGCACUGCAGUUCCACCGUCGACAUUCCCUUUGCCUUUAGCAACUGCCCUGUUCAGUUUCUUGUAUCACCUUGCCAGCUAUGAGCCAGGUGGAGAGGCUUUAGUCUCUUGCAACAUGAUGGAGAGCCUGCUGAAAGUCAUCAAGUGGCCUGGCAGUGAAAUUGAACACAUUACAUUUGUUACGAGAGCAGUUCGUGUAAUCGAUCUAAUGACCAACACCGACAUGCAGUCAUUUGAAGUGCACGGUGGUCUCAACACCUUCAUCAACAGACUUGAGUGUGAAGUAAACAUUUGUCGCACGGAACAACCGUUUGUAAUCAUACCUGAGAGCAGCAAUCAGAAUCAAGAGGGCAUGAUGGACAUCAGCAGAGAAAGCUCUGUUGAGAAUUCGCCCAGAUCUCCUGAGAACAAUGAGGAAGUGGCUAGUCCAGUGCGCCUCAUGGAUCCUAGCCUGUCCAAAGGCAGUCCACUACACUGUUUGCCGCAGCGAGCAGCCUUGCUGAAGUCAAUGCUCAACUUCCUGAAAAAGGCCAUUCAAGACCCAACCUUUUCAGACAGCAUUAGACAUGUAAUGGACGGCUCUCUUCCUUCAACGCUGAAGCACAUCAUCAGUAAUGCUGAGUAUUACGGACCAUCACUCUUCCUCUUGGCAACCGACGUGGUCACAGUAUACGUUUUCCAAGAGCCUUCCCUCUUGACUUCUCUGCAGGACAACGGUCUCACCGACGUGAUGCUUCAUGCGCUGCUUGUGAGGAAAGUUCCGGCCACAAGAGAAGUUUUAGGAUCUCUGCCAAAUGUCUUCAGCGCCUUGUGUCUGAACGCCAGAGGCUUGGCAGCUUUUGUCAAGUGCUGUCCUUUUGAGCAAAUGUUCAAAGUUCUUCUGUCUCCAAAAUACUUAGCUGCUAUGCGCAGAAGACGUAGCUCUGAUCCAAUGGGAGAUACUGCCUCUAAUUUAGGAAACGCUAUGGAUGAAUUGAUGAGACACCAGCCAAGUCUGAAGAAAGAUGCAACUUUGGCAAUCAUCAAGCUGCUUCAAGAGCUUUGCAACUUGGGAACUGACCCAAAGUAUGUUUGUUGGAGGCCUCAGAAAAAGCAAGAAGUGCCAGCGGCAAUGCUCCGCAGUGGCUCUAGGGGUGGCAGCAGUGAUGAUGAAGAGGAAGAGGACGACGAUGAAAAUACGCAAUCUAGGGGUGAAGAAGAGCAGCCCAUUGAGGAGGGCCAGGAGAGGAUUGCUGUUCCCUUAGUUGAUUACAUAGUCAAUGUGAUGAAAUUUGUGGACUCGAUUUUGAGCAACAACUCUACCGAUGAUCACGUUAGAGAGUUCAAAGAGCAAGGAGGUCUAAAGCCUCUUAUUUCGCUGCUUGGGCUCCCAAAUCUUCCAGUAGAUUGUACAUUGCAAUUGUCUUCCCAAGCAGUGUCUACUGUGUGCAAGUCAAUCAUGAAUUUGUCUCACGAAUCGGAGGUUCUCAGUGAAGGGUUCCGCCAAGUGGACCCUAUUUUGAGGAGGUUGUACAAACUGCUAGAUGCCGUUUCCUCAAACGAAAUCAAGACCUCCACAGUCCUAUUGAAGGAACUCUCUUCAGUGCCUGAUAUCAAAGAGGCUUUCACCUACCCAGAUCAAACACCUGCCAUCCAUGCUUUUGCAGCUCUCAAUGACUUUAUGGUCAUGUUCACACAUGUCUGCAGAACAGCACAGGCUGACAUUAGAGGGCUCAACUUGAGUAUGUGGGGCUGUCAGGAGGGGAGUAAAGUGCUCGACAAGCUUGUGGUCAUUUACGAUCACAUCGUGUGGGAGAGCACUGCCCUACUUGUGCUUCGAAGCAACGAAAACUUUGACAUUACUGGUCACUUUGGCAAAGAAGAUCUCCCCAAACUGGCAAGUGCUGAUGAUGUACCUGUCACAAAAGGAAAGUCGAGUAGCAAGUCUCUCAUUUCCGAAAUUGACUCUAACUCUUCGGACAAAGACAGUUACCCAGAAGUAUUUCGAAAAGAGACGAGAAUGCAGACCUUGGGAAAAUCAUCUGGCCUUUCAGACGCUCAGUUAUCCAACCUUUCAAAGCUUGUUGAGCCUACGAUCAGAUUGAGACAAUCAAUGUCAGAUUUCUUCUCGUUUUUGGUGAAGUUGUGUGUUGGAACCCCUCUGAGGCAAAGACGUGGCCAAGCUGGAGGCAAUUCUCCUUUUGUUGCCACUGCCCAGUCAUGUGCUGUGGCCACCAGAUUGGGUGCUGUUAUCAAGAAUGCUGUGUGGUACAAAAAAUUCCUACAAGCCCCAUAUGACUACUUGACUGUGAAAUACCUGAUUUCUUCAAUCACGUUUGUGACUCCCAUGCUGCUUGAUGAGAAGAGAGCCCCAUAUCACUUGAUGCUCAACGAAUUCAUUGCCAACGGAGGAUAUUUGCGAUUUUUUGAGACAUUCCGCUGGGUGUUGUGUGCCGAUGUGAGCAUGGUGGAUAUUGUCAAAGAGAAAUACGUGCUUUCAAAUUUCCAUCCUCCAAAUAUUCCAUGGCUGCCAAUCUGCUCAGAGUUUGUGGAAAGCUGGCUUGAGCUACUGGAGAAGUUGGUGAACCCGAAGUCUGUGCUUGAAUCGCCUCAUUCCUUGUCUGUAAAGGCAAACAGCCAACUGUCGCAUCCGUUCGAGCCCUCCGAGUACAUCACAUAUAUGCAAAAGCUUGCAUUUGACUCCCUCAUGCUUUUGUGGAACCUUGAUCCGAGAAGUCAGAUUCUGUCAUCACCUAACGUCAUUCCACUGAUGUUGCACAUCUGGCAACAUGUGCUGAAAUCUGAGGAGAUUCUGGAUGAGCUAAAGAAGGACAAAAAUAAGGAUGUGGCUCCAGCAGUCGGUGCAAGCUCAACAACAACUGCCACAAAUUCUGCUGAAGUCGAGCCUGAGGUCAGUGCUGAGCACUUGAACCGUCUGAUUGACAUGGGAUUUUCAAGAGCCAUGUCCAUCCAGGCUCUCAGAAUUUCUCCUACUGUAGAGCAGGCUACUGAGUACUUGCUGAGUGCCCCGUCAAUGGGCAUGGAAAUUGAUGUUUCCGAGGAAGACCAAAUGCACCAAGCAAUUGCUAUGUCGCUAGGAGAGAACUCUGAUAAGUCCGCAGGUGCUAAGACAAUUGAAAAAAUCCCAGCUGCAGAGCAGAAACCAGAGCCAUUGACAAAAGAGGAAAUUUACAAAUUCACCAUGGCUGCACCUGAGGUUUGCCUUAAAAUGCUGGACACAAUCAACAGCUCCGCUACAUUGAAGGCGUGUGAUCUCCUCGUGAUGAUUGCCAAGAGGAACGGCGAGGAGUUCAGGAAGCAAAUGCUGAACACUAUUCUAAGAGAAACCUCCGAGUGCAUCAAGCUAUUCCUGGAGCAAGUGAAAGAUGUCACAGACUCUAAGAAAUAUCUCAUCAUCCAAUCAGACUCUCGAGAGUCUGGUAGAACUGCUGACCUGUUGAAGUUCUUCUCAUUGUUGUUUGAGGAAAUGAAAAUCCCUAGCUGUGUAGCCAUGGAAGAGACAGGCAUCAUUGAGCAGCUGAUUGCCUUAAUGAGCCCUUGUUUGCCGCACAUAACAUUCGAGUCCACGCCGAAGUGGCUGGGCCCAAUUUUCCAAAUCCUAGAUCAGUAUGAGCGUGUGGCAAUCAGCCUGGAGAGACAGGAUGCCAUGCACAAGAUUUGUGGACGCCAGUGGAAGUGGUAUGACAUCUCUACCAGCAAAUGGUGUACUUACAGUGCCCCUUACAAUAAAAUCAUCAACGACGCCUACUGGAGUGGAGAGCAAUGUGUAAGAAUCAACUAUGGCAGGCGCAAGUACACACUGCAAUUCAGCACCAUGUACCAGUGCAAUGAUGACACUGGCAACAGACGCCCAAUCAUGUUGUGCCUUAUUGAUAGCAAGAAAGACAAGGAACCUAAAACGGAAGCUGAAGAGAAUGAGGCUUCUCCAAAGAAAAUGGAAGUUGACUCGUCUCCACCAAAGCCGAGUGAUGCAGAAGAGAAUAUGUCUGAGAAGUUGAAGGCUGACGAAAAGAAGAUAAAGGGCAUUGGAGAAAUCUACUCCAAGGUUUUGAUUAAGGCUUGCAUCAAACUCCUGUCAGUGCCUGUCUGCCCAGAUGCCCUGCAGUCCAUGAUGAAAGUACUUGUUCGCAUAACAAGAAAUUACAAAUGUGCACAGAUUUUCUUUGAGAAUGGUGGAAUUUGGAAGCUGCUGAUGCUCAAGAACCUUCACCAUUUUUUGGGAGCCAUCAAUUUGAUCACCAUUGUCAUCAGACACACAGUUGAGGAGCCAAAAGUGCUCAAGUUGGCUAUGGAAAAGGUGCUCAGAGCCAAAACCCAGGCUAACAUACCUCACUAUUACAAAGAACUCUUCUACCUACUAAGAAUCUGCGGAAAUGCUGUGUGCAGAGCCCCAGAAACUUUCCUUCAGCUCUGCAAGGAAAGUCUGCGUGCAGACACCAACAUUUCCCCUCGCAGAAAUGAAGAGGAAGACAUGCCCAUCAUCUGCACAACUGGGCCAGUCAAACACAAGGCAAUGUCUGAGAAUAACGGCCUGUCUGCAGCAGUUGUGAAUGAACUUCUUGACGCUUUACUGCAGCAAAUGGCCCAAGCAAGUGACAGCUCUAAAUCAAAAGACAAGAACAAAGAGAAAGAGGAGACUCCCUCCACUAGCACUAAACCAAACAAAAGGACAUUUUCCGCUCCCCCGCCUCCACCCUCCUCGGUGAGGCAUAGCAUUCGGAGCAGAAAUCUUACAGCUGUAGCACCAAGCCGAGUUCAAAACCAGCUGGGCGCCAUUCUUGGCGAGUUCCACUUGCAGGAUGCUGAGGAGAAGGCUAUCACUGUAAGAAAAAGGCCAACAUCCGAGGAAACCGGAAAGCCUCUGGUGCCAUGCUCGGCACUCUUGAAAAUCCUUGCGGAGCUCGUUCGCUCUUACAAUCAUGUUGGAAAAAUCAUCGCUGACUAUCAGCAUCCCAAAGAGGGUAGUGUCCCCCGUCAGGAGGGUAGUGCUCCUGUACCACGGCAAGAGGGAAGCACUCCAACCACAAAUCCAGCUGCCACGGGUGUGCAGCAACAGUCGUUCAGCGCAGUGCACUACAUCAUUGAGCAUUUGUUUGACGCCUGCGCUGACCUCGAGUGCCACAACAUGGUGCGCAUGCUGAUCUCUGCUUUAGCUUCGUGCAGCUUCUCAAGUGAUAUCCAAACGCAUGUUGUGAUGGAGGUCAAAGCCGCACUUCACAGGGCCCUGAGCAUGCCCGAGUCAAACUCCAAACACACAGAAGUCCAAGAGAUCUGCAACCUGAUUUCUGUCAUGAUUGACAGUUGUCCCUCGCCAGUACCUCCUUGCCCAUACGCCAUCCUGGGUUCAGUAGACAAGCCCCCUUGCAAUGUGACUGCGAACAGCAUUGUUCGAAUCAUGAUAAGGAAGGGCAUCCUCACCGACUUGUCUAGAAUCCCGUACAGCUUGGACCUUUCAAGUCCAAAUCUACAGGCUACUGUUAAUGGUCUAAUCAAACCUCUGGAAACUCUGACCAGAAUAGUGAUCCAUCCGCCUGCCACUGUUAAGGACGGCAAGAAGAGCAAAGUUGCUGGACAAGAUGCUGGUUCUCAAACCUCAAGAAACUCUGCUUCAGGAACAUCCAGACGCACUCAAAGCACAUCCGAAAGCAUGGGCUUAGAAGAGCUGAUGGAGCAUCUGAUGGAGUCUGCCCGUGAUGGCAGUGUCGUGCAAGACAUCAUGGAGUUUUCAGUGAGUGAUGAGAGACCCAGGCACAACAUGAACCGAGCACACAGCGAUGAUGUUCAUUUGUAUGAUGAGAUCCAAGCUGCUUUGAAUGCACCAGAGAGUCCCUCGAGCCGUCAGUGGGAGGAAUCGGACUCAAAUUACGAUGAUGACGAAGACAACCACGACGAAGAACAGCGUGAAGAAGGUAACAACACAGAACAAGGUCAAGAUUCUCCAGCUGGUUCUGCAGAUGGUUCGGUGGAGGGUGGAUCUCCAGAACCCCAAGAAUCAAGUGGCAAUGCUCCUAAUCUUGCAGCUGCGGCUGCUGCUGUUGUAGCUGCAGCUGCUGCGGCUGCCUCUGCACUAGAUAACCAUGGCGGCAAUCACGAGGACGAGGAGGAAGAUGAUGAAAUGGACGAAGAUGAGGAAGAGGAGGAUGAUAUCGAUGAUGAUGAUGAAGAAGAAGAGGAAGAGGACGAAGAGUCUGAGGAAGAAGAUGCUGUCACAAACAAUGAUCUUCCCGGUUUUCUCAAUAUUGGGGUCAACGCCCACCCUCCUCACCACCACCACCAUGGUCAACAGCAGCAAAAUCCUCUGGUUGCCUUUCGAGGCUCACUUGACAGUGAUAAUGUUGGUGGUUUGCAACGCCAGAACGCAACUCGGUCGCAACGGUCAAGCCUCCAGAGGCGCUAUUUAGCCCACUUGCACUCCCGAGGGCCAGCCAUACUGCAGAGAAUUCGAAUUGUUAACAGACUUUUAGGACCAGAGCCUCUCAGCCUUGGUGAAUCCAGGCAUGGACCACUUCCUGUGAUAGAGUCUCUGACCCUUCUAGAUGAAGACGAUGGAGAGGACACCGGUGCUUACCUGUUUGGCACCAAUUUGGCCAGUACUGCCAACAACAUUCCAAAUGCGCUUCAUUGGUGGAAUGAAGAGGGCAAAUUGUUAGAUGGCGACUCCAUGCCAGCUUGUUCCAUUGUUUUAGCUUCCAAAAUUGUCAAGCAAUUGGAACAGCAAAGAGACAAAGAUGUGACUGAAAAAAAGAAAAAGCUUGCUGAAGAAGCUUUGAAGAUAUCAAAAUCGUCUGAAGCCGUCAAGGAUAAAAUGGAGACUGAAACAACGCCAUCCGAGACUCCUCCUCAGCAACCUGCUGCCCUACAAGCGUCAGCGCCAAGCAGUCAGUUGCAAGAUCUGCAGUUAAUUGCCUCGGAGGUGUCCAAUAUUGUAGACACAGUUUUCCGCACUGCUCAGACCCUCACCUCCACCGAUACAGACCAGACAAACUCCACCACAAGCGAAAUGCCGCCUUCUGAAUCAGCUCCUGCAGAGCACGAGCAAACCCAGACUGAAAACACAGUUUCCUCACUAACACCUACUGAUUCCUGUGAUGUUGGUCAACGCGAUGAGCUCUCGGCAGCAAGUCCAAUGACUCCUGUGCCUGCUAGCCAGAACACAGAAAAUGAUUUUAGUGAAAAUAUGCACACAAGUCCACCACCUACUGAUGUUGAAAAAAGUGAGGUUGAGCCUGCCAAGGAUGACACAACUUCCAGCAACACUGACGACAAUUCAGCAGUGUCGCCAAUGGACCAACAAGAAAGUACUCCAGCUGCAGAGAAAGUUUUGGAGCUUGUGACUCCCCCAACGGAGAACAAUGCUGAAGCUGUGGCUGUAGAGGAGAGAGCUUCAAACGAGGAAUCAAUGCAGGCCUCUAAUUACGAGCCUUUGGAUUAUGACACCAUCAACUCCUGGUUCGGUAGUGCCAGACCAACUGAAAACAUUGGUGAGAGUGGCGCUGCUGCCACAUCUGACCAAGCCACCGUUGGAUCUGCUGAGGCAGCGCCUGGAACCACUUCAACUGGGGAGACUCCUGGAACAAGUUCAACGUCAGCAACCGCGUCCACUUCAAACGGAACUGAAGCUGAAUUGCCAGAAGGUGUUGAUCCCUCUUUCCUUGCUGCCCUGCCUGAGGAAAUGAGACAAGAAGUUAUUGCUGAACAACUAAGACUCCAAAGAUUGAGAAGAGCGAGAACCGCUCCGCAGGAAACUGCGGAUGUUGAAACACCCCUCGAAGUGAAUCCAGAAUUCUUGGCUGCUCUUCCUCCUAACAUUCAAGAAGAGGUGCUCACUCAGCAACGACUCGAAGAGCAAAGGCGUGCUGCUGCAGCUGCCAAUCCAAAUGACCCUGUAGACGCUGCUGCGUUCUUCCAAAAUCUGCCUUCUUCCUUGAGACAAGCGAUUUUGACAGACAUGGAAGAAUCGCAAAUUUCUGUGCUGCCACCAGAGCUGGCUGCUGAGGCUCAGACUUUGCGACGAGAUUGGGAGGCAAGAAAUCGGCAAAUUAUGCAGGAACGUUUCUUGAACCACGUCAGCCAGAGCAACAACACCCUCUCCUCUAUUCUCAGGAAUUCUGUAGGAAUUAUUGAAGGACGAAUGCCUAGUCGCUACAUUUCGUCUGUACCGCCUAGAGCUUGGGGCCAAUGGAGCCGCUCAACUCCUGGUAACACUGAUAACCUCAGGACUGCUUGCUCGUAUCUCACAAAAUGGAAAGGAAAACAGGUGUUGGACCAGGAGGCCAUUACCUGUCUGCUGGUUCUUCUUUUCAUAGAGGAUCCAAAAUUGAACAUAACAAGACUGCAAAGGGUCCUGAGACAUCUCUGUUGGCAUGCUGAAACCAGAGAUUGGGUCAUUGGGUCUUUGAUAUCCAUCUUAGAAAUGUGCAAUGAUUGCUACGAGGCAUCUCUUGCUGACUCGUCCCUGUUUGCCAAACCAAGGCAGAGCUCUAUUAGCAAAACUCCUGCUUGGCUCAACAUAACCAUGGAUGCAGCCUUGGGCUCAAGGACCAACGUCUUCAACAUUCAAAGGCCGUCCUUGGGCAAGCGAAGUGCCAAUGGUGAGAGGUCGCCCAACUGCAGCAUUUCCAUUCACCCUCAGGCUGCAUCUUCAGUGGCAAACAGAGUGUUGGACACACUGAUCUUCAUUGGAGAGGCCUUCCCAGAAUACUUCUUGCCCCACAGAUUCAAGGAUCACAACUCUCCGAAGUCUGAGGGUUCAGGGUCACAGGACGCAGCACCUGGAAAGCCGGACUUCUGGGAAACCCUGAUAAAGCUAGACACGGUUAGUGCGCUGAAGAACAGCAAAAGCCUUCACAAGUGGCAGCACAGCACAGAGAAUGAAUCUCAGAUUCCAUUUAUGGAUACUUGCCAUUUCCGUCGCUUUGUUCCGUUCCUGUCGUUCCCUCUGAUUCUGCGCAGUCCGCAGUUGAUUGACAGUACCAUUUGCUUGCUGUACCAAGUCUCAACAGGCUUGGUGAACGAAUGCGCUGUUCGUGUUAACAUCAUUCCUGGAGAUGGACAGGUUCCUACAACAGAGUCUGAGGAGAGCCGUGCUUCAUCUCCAACCAGACAGUUUGCUCAGUACUCGACAAGACUGAGAGCGUUGAAAGUUCCUCCCAAAUACUCCGUCAACACCAAGGGCACACCAAAAGGCCACUAUCCAUACAUUCCCACUUACAUUAGGGAGGUGGAUAUUCCCGAAAGGCACCUGAAGCUCCUCAUCGAUGUGCUCAUAGGCAAGACAUGCUUGGAAAAUGGCCUGAAGAACGCUAAAAUUUUCUUGAACAACCUCUGCCGUGGCCCAGAAGCAACAAAAGACAUGGUCAUCAAACUGUUGAUGGAUGGUGUCAAGCAAAUUGGCUGCACAGUUGAAAACGACAUUUCCAUUUUGUUAGGCGAACUGAAGCAGCACUGCACCAGUCCGACCAAAAAGAGUGACAAAGGCGACGGUGAUGAUGAACUGCGCAAUGACCGCAUUCACAAAGGCAAACUGGCUGACAGGUUCACCAACUCUACUGUGAUUGUCAAUGCGCCAAGCAAAGUCUCGGCCACCACCAGCCACGACCUUCAGCUGCCUUCAAUUGCCCUCCUCACCAGCAAAACCUCGAGCCAGUCAUCCUUCCUGCGCCUACUCAAGGUCCUCAUUGACCUGCGCAGCAAGUACAACAAGAAGGGAUCAAAGCACUUACAAAAUCAUCCUGGCUACGUUUUCGUCCCUGUGACGACUGAGGUUGUUUGCUCGAGUAGCGAGGAGGACACGGAAGACUACGAGCCUCAGGCUGAGAGAGAGGUAACAUCAGUCAGUGCACCUCCAGCAACUGCAUCUUCGACAAGUCAGACCAAGGAAGUAGAUUUCAGCAAGCCAGAAUACGGAACGCCACGAGAGGAGUCGCUUCCGCUCAGCCAAGAAUUGGGACUGGAUUCUCUUUGGGACGUCCUCAGCCAGUGUCUUACAGAACUCGAAAACAAUCAGGAUCAACAUGCUGUAUUGAUACUGCAGCCUGCGGUUGAAGCAUUCUUCUAUGUGCACUCGUCGCUUGAGGAUAGCAAAAAUGCAGCGGCCACAACUGAACCUGCAGAAACACAAACAGUUGAGCAGCAAGACGCUGCAAAUGAAACGACUGGCGAAGAUACGGCAACUGCAGCAGAAACUGCAGAGCCUCAAGCCUCACAAGAAGUUGCCAAUGCUGAAUCUGCAGAGGCCAAGAGCGCCAGCGAGUCGGCCAAUCUGUCACCAGACAUGCGCAAGUUCCUCUCUUUUGCAGAAAUGCACCGCACUGUGCUUAACCAAAUUUUGCGCCAAACCAACACCCAUCUGGCUGACGGUCCGUUCUCUGUCUUGGCACAACACACGCGCAUACUUGACUUUGAUGUCAAGCGGCGUUACUUCAGGACUGAACUCGACAGACUUGACGAAGGCAUUAGAAGGGAGGAGCUGGCUGUGCACGUUAGGAGGAGCAACGUGUUUGAGGAUUCAUUCAGAGAGCUGCACAGGAGGUCAUCUGAAGACUGGAAAAACAGAUUUUACAUUGUGUUUGAAGGUGAAGAAGGUCAGGAUGCAGGUGGUCUGCUGAGAGAAUGGUACGUCAUCAUCUCUCGAGAAAUUUUCAACCCCAUGUACGCCCUGUUCACCACCUCCCCUGGUGACCGUGUCACUUACAUGAUCAACUCGACCUCGCACUGCAACCCUAACCACUUGAGUUACUUCAAGUUUGUGGGAAGAGUCAUUGCCAAAGCAAUCUACGACAAUAAACUGCUCGAGUGCUACUUUACACGCUCCUUCUACAAACAUAUCCUCAGCAAGCAAGUCAAGUACACAGACAUGGAGAGUGAGGACUACAGCUUCUACAAGGGCCUGGAAUACUUAAUGGAGCACAACGUCAGUGAUCUUGGCUACGACCUCACCUUCAGCACUGAAGUUCAGGAGUUUGGAGUGACCGAAGUCAGGGACUUGAUUCCUAAUGGCCGCAACGUGGCCGUCACUGAGGCAAACAAGAUGGACUACAUUAGCAUGGUUUGCCAGAUGAAAAUGACUGGCGCAAUUCAAAAACAAUUGAACGCUUUCUUGGAAGGAUUCUAUGACAUCAUCCCUAAGAAACUGAUCUCAAUCUUCAAUGAGCAAGAAAUGGAGUUGCUUAUAUCAGGCCUGCCUAAUGUCGACAUCGAAGACUUGAAGGCUAACACAGAGUACCACAAAUACCAAAGCACAUCCCUUCAGAUUCAAUGGUUCUGGAGAGCGCUGCGUUCAUUCGAUCAAGCGGACAGAGCCAAAUUCCUGCAGUUUGUUACUGGAACAUCAAAGGUGCCUCUGCAAGGCUUUGGUGCAUUGGAAGGCAUGAACGGAGUCCAGAAAUUCCAGAUCCACAGGGAUGACCGAUCAACUGAUCGCCUCCCCUCAGCUCACACUUGCUUCAACCAAUUGGAUUUGCCUGUUUACGAAACGUACGACAAGUUGAAGUCUUACCUUCUGAAAGCCAUCCACGAAUGCUCAGAAGGAUUUGGAUUUGCUUAGACUGAUUGAUAUAAACGUAGUUGAAAGAAAGAAACCAAGAGAGAUGAGAAAGAAAGGUGGUGACGCUGAUUAUGUCCAUGCUUAGUAAAAACACACAGUUGAUUAUUUUUUAAAACGGUCAAAAGAAGAUGAUGAUAACAAUACUAAUGUGAAUGUUGCUUGUUAUUUUGUAAAUGUGGAGGGUGAGAUUGGAGAUUGAUUGAUUGCUUACAAUAAACCCAUGUAAAGAGCAGAAUUUUAAACCCCCCAAACUUGUACACCAUGCGUUUUUUCACUUGGAAGCGCCCAUAGACAUGCAUGCUUCUGAUGAAACAUCUGGGAUGUUUAAUUAAGUUUCCAUUUAGUACUAUUCAUAAUUUUUCUCUUGUAACUGUGCCUAAUGUCUUGGUUUUAUUGAAAAAUCGCAUUCAUUUCAAAUUAUGUUGCUACGGUCUUCUGCAAUAAAAAUAAUGAAA